AUGUUUACACCGCUAGACAUCGAGCUCUUCGUGCUCGUCAGCUUUGUGAUAGCUUCUUCAAUUCUCCUUUACUUUAUCUUGAAUCACGGCAAACCCUACGCAAUUUUCUUCUACAACUGCUUUCUGAAACCCUUUUCUGGAAAGGUCACCUCCGUUAAACAACAGGAUUCUCUCGAAAGUUUUUAUAAAGGGCAGGCUGCGAUCUAUGAUGCGACAAGAGGGCAGCUUCUUAGGGGCCGAGAGGAGAUGUUGGCACUAGCUGCUGCGCAAUUGAAGCUGAGGACCCAGAAGAAAAAAGAGUCUGGAUCCACGGAAGGGAGAGUUUGGGUUGAUAUUGGAGGUGGUACCGGAUAUAACAUUGAACUUCUCAACAAAUUCCUCCCAGUCCAACAGUUCUUUGAGAAGGUCUAUCUUGUUGAUCUUUCUCCAAGCUUGUGUGAACAGGCUCGCCAACGGUUCAGAAGGCUAGGGUGGAAGAAUGUAGAGGUCUUGUGUAUGGAUGCUCGCGGUUUUAGCCUUGAAGACCGAAAAGUCGAUUGGAUUAGCAUGAGCUACUCGCUUUCCAUGAUCCCCGACUUCUACUCCGUCGUGGAUUCUCUUUCAACACUACUGUCACCGACAGGACUCAUUAGUAUUGCAGACUUCUACGUGCAAUCCUCAACAACCUUUUCGGAAAGAACUUUUACGGGAGGUUCCUGGGACCGUCAUGUCAAUUGGUUCUCUAGACAAUUUUGGAGGAUAUGGUUUGAGUUUGAUAGAGUCAACCUUGAUGAGGGAAGACGAGAUUAUAUGGAGUACAAAUUCGGGACUCUUCUCAACGUUAAUGGCCGAAACCGCCUCCUCGGGGGAAUUCCAUACUACGUCUGGAUCGGAUGUCAAAAGCUCCACUCUGCAGCGGAUGUCCUUGAUCGUGUCGAUGCCGCCGCCACAGAAUCACCAUACCUUGCCGCCAUCAAUUCCCUCUCGCGAACUCACUCCUCAAAAACCUCCGCUGAAACAGCUCUCCAACUCCGCUCGAAAGGCUUUGAAGCCGCUGUCCUUAACCUCGCCGCAAACCUACCAUUACCCAGCUUCUUCUACCAGAACCACCACUGGCGACUUUACUAUGAUGAAAUGCUGGAAAAACACACCCAGUUCAACAACUCUUAUAUCUAUGCUUUCACAUGGGAAGACCCACGGGUUGAUCAUCGCAUCCUCAAGAUCAACCGUGACGAUGUGAUCCUCGCCAUCACCUCGGCAGGUGAUAAUAUUCUCUCUUAUAUCAUCGACGGUGCGCCAAAGCGUGUCCACGCUGUUGAUCUCAAUCCCACACAGAACCACCUACUCGAACUCAAGCUCGCGGCCUUUAGUUCUUCACUCGACCACAAAGAUCUCUGGAAGAUGUUUGGCGAGGGACACCAUGAGAAAUUCUCAACAAUAUUGAUGGAGAAGCUAAGCCCACAUCUGUCGUCAAGAGCUUUUCAGUAUUGGUGGGAUAACCGGGCAGUGUUUUCAAAAAGUAUUGGACUGUAUGAGACUGGCCAGUCACGACUUGCGAUAAAAGCGGCGAGAUGGCUGUUUCGGUGCUGCGGCGUGGCAGGAAGUGUAAAGAGGAUGUGUGAGGCUAGAACCAUGAAUGAGCAGCGAGAGAUUUGGCAGGGCGAAGUGAGGCCAGUGAUGUUGUCUAGAUGGGUCAGUAAGUUCAUAAUCGGGAAUGAACAGUUUCUGUGGCGGGCGCUGGGCGUACCGCCGAACCAGAGAGAUAUGAUCAGGGAGGAUCAUGAAGGUGGUGAUCACGCACAGGCAAUGUGGGACUAUGUGGUAAAUACAUUAGAUCCAGUAGUAGAUCAGAGUUUGUUGGGGGAGGAUAAUUACUUUUAUCUAUUGUGCUUGAAGGGAUUUUAUACAAAGAGAUGCCACCCUUCGUACCUGACUGAGAAAGGCCACACCAAGCUAUCAAAACCGCAUGCAUUUGAUGGAGUAAGAAUCCACACCGACGAGAUCAGAGAGGUAUUAGGUAGACUACAAUCGGAAACCUUGACCAUCGCAGUAAUAAUGGACUCCAUGGAUUGGUUUGAUACCGACGGCAUCGAAGCACAAAGGCAAAUCAAAGCUUUGAACAACUCGAUGAAGCUGGGAGGCCGUGUUCUUCUCCGCAGUGCCGGUUUGCGGCCGUGGUAUAUCAGGGUGUUUGAGGAGGAGGGAUUCAAGGCCAAGCAGGUCAUGGCUAGACAUCCAGGAGCCUAUAUCGACAGGGUCAAUAUGUAUGCUUCAACCUGGGUGUGUACGAAGCUAGAGAGAUUGUCGUCGGGGAGGCGGGAGAGUAGCUCUUCGGAGGUUGAUAUGCUGGAAAUUUAA